AUGGUUUCUGCAUUUGCUUCCCAAAAUUUGAUUCUGAUGGCAUUUCUUCAGCUUCUUGUAGUUUUCAUUCUCCUCUUUGGGAGCUUAUUGAUGAGGCUAGUAGAAUCAGUCACACCCAGUAGAAGGAUGAUCGUAGGGAAUGAGACAGAUCGACUUGCUUUGCUGGAAUUCAAGAAACAAAAAUAUGAUGACCCGUAUGGAGCUCUAAGUUCUUGGAACGAUUCCAUCCAUUUCUGCAACUGGGUUGGGAUCACAUGUAGUCAUCGUCAUCGACAACGGGUUAUCAGCUUGGAUUUACAAGGGAAGGGCUUGGGAGGUAACAUAUCUCCUUCCAUAGGGAAUCUCACUUUUCUUCAUUCCCUUGACAUUGGAAACAAUACCUUCCAUGGCAAAAUCCCCCAAGAGAUCAGUAAUCUAAUUCGAUUACAAUACAUCACUCUUCGAAACAACACUCUCCAAGGAGAAAUUCCUACCAGCUUGGCCAACUGCACUGGUCUAAGAAGAAUUUACUUCUCCUAUAACAAUCUCGUCGGGAAGAUUCCAAUUGAACUAUUUACGUCUCUUUCAAAGCUGGAGGAAAUUUAUAUUUUUAGCAAUGGUUUAACAGGAGAAAUACCAGCUUCUUUUGGGAACAUUUCCUCCGUUCGAGUUAUCUCUUUGGGUGAGAAUGAACUGCAGGGUAGCAUCCCAGAAUCCUUUGGUCAACUAACAAACUUAUUCUUUCUAUCACUUCAUCUAAACAACCUCUCUGGUAAGUUCCCUCUCUCACUACACAAUCUCUCAUCUCUUGAAACGAUUUCCCUUGCAAUCAACCACCUGCAUGGGAGCCUUCCACGAGACAUAGGCCUCACCCUUCCAAAUCUCAAAUUUCUAGCAAUUGCAAGGAACCUUUUCUCAGGGAGAAUUCCAAAUUUCAUCUCCAAUAUUUCAACAAUCAAACUAAUUGAUCUCACAGAAAACAGUUUUGUUGGACCCGUCCCUAACAACUUAGAAAAUCUUCAAAACCUUCAAAAGUUUAGUAUUGAUGGAAAUCAAUGUGGAAUAGGGGAAGCUGAUGAUUUAGGUUUUGUAAAUUCUUUAGUCAAUUGUACAAAUCUAGAGAUUUUGGGAAUAGCAGAAAAUGGUUUUAAGGGUCCCCUUCCCAACUUUAAAGCCAAUCUCUCAACACGACUCUCACAACUUAUUUUGGGAAGGAAUCAAAUAUCUGGAACCAUUCCUACUAGGAUUGGGAAUCUCUUCAACUUGGCCGCAUUGGGCUUGGAGGGGAACUUUCUCGAAGGUAAUAUCCCGUCUGUUGUAGGAAAGCUUCAGAAGCUUCAAAUAUUACUCUUAAAUGAAAAUAGACUUUCAGGACAGAUACCUUCCUCCAUAGGCAAUCUCACUCUUUUGUAUAAACUCAAUUUACAGAAAAACAGCUUGAAUGGAAGCAUUCCUUCCAGCAUUGGAAAUUGCCAACAGUUACAGUACCUUUCCCUUUUUAAUAAUAGCCUCCAAGGCCCAAUACCUAAACAACUCUUCCUUAUUUCCUCCUUAUCAAUAUUUCUCAACUUAUCUUCUAAUUCUCUGGUCGGUUCCCUACCAAUUGAAAUCGGUAACUUGAAGAGUCUUUCUGGAAUAGAUAUCUCCAAAAACAGAUUGUCUGGAGAAAUCCCCUACUCCAUUGGUGAUUGUAAUGGUUUAGAAAGCCUUUAUAUGGGGAGAGAGGUACCAACAAAAGGAAUCUUUGGAAAUGCAAGUGCAAUUUUCAUGAAUGGAAAUGAUAAGCUUUGUGGUGGAAUUGCAGAGUUGCAUCUCCCUGCAUGUACAAACCAUGGAUCUACGAAACGAGAAAAGUCCAAUGCUCUUAAAAUAGUUUUGAUGAUAAUCGGUGUGGCUUUUGGUUUUCUUUUGAUGUCUUCCUUUCUUACUCUCUAUUGGAUAAGAAGAUCAAACAGUAAACCUCCAUCUACACCAUUAAUCGGUGAACGGUCCUUGAAUCUUUCUUACAAAGAUCUCUUCCAAACUACUGGAGGAUUUUCUUCAGCUAAUUUCAUAGGUUCUGGUAGUUUUGGCUCUGUAUACAAAGGGAUUAUCAACCAAGAUGAAACCAUUGUUGCAGUCAAGGUACUCAACCUUCAAAAUUCAAGACUCUACAAGAGCUUUACGGCUGAAUGCAAAGCAUUAAGAAACAUUCGGCAUCGAAAUCUUGUCAAGAUUUUAACUUCAUGUUCAAGUAUUGAUUCAAAAGGCAAAGAUUUCAAAGCCUUUGUUUAUGAGUUUAUGCCCAAUGGGAGUCUAGACGAUUGGAUGCAUCUGCCAGUGGAGGCAAAUAAUCAUUCAAGAAGUUUAACCAUUCUUCAAAGAUUAAACAUCGCAAUUGAUGUGGCUUCUGCUUUGGAUUACCUUCAUCAUAACUGUUAUGCGCCAAUUGUUCAUUGUGACUUGAAGCCAAGCAAUGUUCUACUUAACAGAGAUAUGACUGCACAUGUCAGUGAUUUUGGUUUGGCGAGGCUACUUUUAGAACCCAAUGACAAAUCAUCCCAGACUCAAACUAGUACCAUUGGGAUUAAAGGAUCUAUUGGUUAUGCUGCUUCAGGCUAUUAUACAUGA